UACGGCGAACGCGAUGGAGAACUUUGCGCCCUUGCUGGUGUUGCAGGUGGUGCGCACGAUGGGCUGCGGGGUGAGCAAAGUGCACGCGGCCGCCGAUCCUUCGUCCCAGCAGCCCAAGCGAGGCUUCGCCGCCCAGGUACGCUGGUCACAAGACGGCUCCAAGCGAUCCACUCCGACGGCAGUCGCCGAGAGGCUGGUAGACGCCCAGGUGCAGGUGGAGAACAAGUACGAGCAGCGUGACCGGGACACCCAGACCGACAUCCACUACAACAUGACGCGCGGAAAUUACAACGAAGACGACCUAGACUUCGACGAGGAUGACCUGUCGUCGUUCGGCGACGACUACACAGACGAAGGUGUCGUCGAGAACGGGGCUUCACCCGGAGGCUCGCAGGAGGGCAUCCGCUUCGCCGACCCGAGGCUGGUGGCUACCACGGACGGCAACCUGAUGAACCGAGGCGGCACACCGGUCACCGUUAACGCGAAGGCGUUCAAGCAGCAGAUGCUCAUGAUGGACGCCGAGCAGAGUAUACUGAUGCUCAGCAAGCGCAUCCACCUCGACAUCGACAUGACGCCCCGUAGUGUGGCCACAAGCGACGUCGGAGUGCAGGCGGGAAGCGGCCGCAACAACAGGUGGACGCAGACUGAGCGUUGUUCAGCGGCGGCGCGAGGGGGCGCCCUGCAGCAUCCGCCGAUGGGGCUACCUCCCGAUGCAAGCGGGUCUGCGCGACUCUCGCGCACCACGGACAUCGAGUCGCAGACCGAUCCAGUGAGCAGGGCGCCCGCAGCUAACGCUGCCGGAGGAGGACAGAACGAGUCUCUGUCGGACGAGGAGCUGUCCUCGCCGUUGACGCACAUAGAGAAGAUGUUCGGGACCGCGGAGAACGGAUGCCUGAGCGAUGCCGUCGCUCAGAUCCUCGAGGACAUGGAUGCGGAGCCUCGGCCCGCGACGCGGCCGCGCACGCGCCGCACGGCGACUGGCAUCACGGUUCGAGCCGCGAGCCGGCGGGACACCGGAGUGCAGACCGUCAACGACCCGGUCACCGAUGAGGCGCCCGAGUACGCCGCGCGACCACCGCCCUGCAAGAAGCGCGAGAUGAUCCCUUCCAUGGCCGUCUUCCAGGAGGUCGACAGGAUUGCCCUCAAGGUUCCUAACACUGCCAAAUCCACCCUGCAAACCCUGGUCUAUCACCUGAUUUCUUACUGUAGGAACGACCUGCAGAAGAUUCGCAUGUUUUUCCGCUGGAUUGCUGAAAACAUAACGUACGACUGGAGGCACAUGGAAACUAAGCAAACUGCCGAAGAGGUGUUCGUGUCGAGGCAAGGUGUGUGCAAGGACUACUGCCUUUUGCUAAGUGAAAUGUGCAGGCUAGCAGGCAUCAGAGAAAAAACCCUGCAAGGCUUCGCCAAGGGUUUCGACUACCGUCCAGGUCACCAGUUCCAUCCUGGAGAAGAUGUCACACAUGCCUGGAACGCCGUCUUCAUCCUAGGCGCAUGGAGGCUUAUCGACGCCACUUGGGGAACAGGAUACACAGAUCACACGGGGAAAUUCAUAAGGAAAAUCAACGAACACUUCUUCGUCACCGACCCUGAGGUGCUCAUAUGGACGCACUUUCCUUACGACGAAAUGGAGAAGAAUUACUCAAGGUGGCAGCUACUGGACAAGCCCCUGACUCUCGAAGAGUUCAACUCGCUUCCAAAGGUGACACCGCACUUCUUCCAGCUCAACAUGCGGUUGCGAACGCGGCCGCAGAAUCCCAUCGUGUUCAAGGUGCGCACCGAGCUGCGAAUCGCCUCGCACGAGCCUAUGCGCUACAAGUUCAAGCUCUUCCCGUCAGACGAGACGGAGAACGCGGCGCUCAACAACUACGUCUUCUGCCACCUACUGGAAGACCGGAGCGUGGCCUGCUUCGGCGUGACGCCACCAACGGAAGGACGUUACAUCCUCAAGAUCUACUGCCAACUGAACGCGACAUGCGGGCAGCUGCCGAAGGCAGCACUGGCUGCCGCUAGCGUCAGCCUGCAGAACAUUGGCGUCUUCCUGCUGGAAUGCCUCCGUGCCAAGAAGUACCUCGUGCCAUACCCACUCAACGAGGUCCCGUGGGGUCCCACACAAACUUUUUACGACUAUAACAUGCGGCUCGUCGAUCAGUCGGGGCCCGUCAUUGUGUCGUGGGGCGCCAAGCGAAAGCUCACCAUUGACCUGUCCGAGGCGAUGCUCGUCAGCCAUCAGCUGCUCGAUGCUGAUGGCGUCGAGAUGGAGCUCAAGGGCAUGAUAACCCGCGAAGACAAGGACCGUCGCGUCACGUUCCAGAUAGUGCCGCAGCGUGUGGGCAUGUUCAAGCUCGUCAUCUUCGCCAUGCCAAAGCCCAAGUUGAAGGGCAAGUGGCGGCUUCCCCUUGUUGCCACUUUUCUUAUUGACUGCAAGCUCACCAGGUUGCAGCUGGAUGAAGAGCUGCGGUUGGCGCACCACAGGCCUCCGCUCCCAGAAGACGACAAAGAAAAAGACAACGAGAAAGAGAAAGGCAAGAGGGUACGAACAUCCACAGGGCGGUAAAAUAUUUACUGCGAUGGUGCGAUUACUUCCAAGACUUACCAGCAGGCAAGAAUCACCUGUGCGAGCAUCCAU